GCGGCAGCAGCGUCCGCUGCAGCCCCACACUCCGCCGCCAAACUGGAGGAGCGACGGAAGCCGGACCCCAAGAGGAUGGAGGAUGAAGCUGUCCUGGACAGAGGGGCUUCCUUCCUUAAGCAUGUGUGUGAUGAAGAAGAAGUAGAAGGCCACCACACCAUCUACAUCGGGGUCCAUGUGCCAAAGAGCUACAGGAGAAGGAGGCGUCACAAGAGAAAGACAGGGCACAAAGAAAAGAAGGAAAAGGAGAGAAUCUCUGAGAACUAUUCUGACAAAUCAGAUGUGGAAAACGCAGAUGAAUCCGGCAGCAGUAUCCUAAAACCUCUCAUCUCUCCUGCUGCAGAACGCAUCCGAUUCAUCUUGGGAGAGGAGGAUGACAGCCCCGCACCCCCUCAGCUCUUCACUGAACUGGAUGAGCUUCUGGCUGUGGACGGGCAGGAGAUGGAGUGGAAGGAGACAGCGAGGUGGAUAAAGUUUGAAGAAAAAGUGGAACAGGGUGGGGAGAGAUGGAGCAAGCCACAUGUGGCCACGUUGUCCCUUCACAGCUUAUUUGAGCUGAGGAUGUGUAUGGAGAAAGGAUCCAUCAUGCUUGACCGGGAGGCUUCUUCUCUCCCACAGUUGGUGGAGAUGAUUGUUGACCAUCAGAUUGAGACAGGCCUACUGAAAUCUGACCUUAAGGAUAAGCUGACUUAUACUUUGCUCCGGAGGCACCGGCAUCAAACCAAGAAAUCCAACCUUCGGUCCCUGGCUGACAUUGGGAAGACGGUCUCCAGUGCAAGUAGGAUGUUUACCAACCCUGAUAAUGGUAGCCCAGCCAUGACCCAUAGGAAUCUGACUUCCUCCAGUCUGAAUGAUAUUUCUGAUAAACCAGAGAAGGACCAGCUGAAGAAUAAGUUCAUGAAAAAACUGCCACGUGAUGCAGAAGCUUCCAAUGUGCUUGUUGGGGAGGUUGACUUCUUGGAUACUCCUUUCAUUGCUUUUGUGCGGCUACAGCAGGCUGUCAUGCUGGGUGCCCUGACUGAGGUCCCUGUGCCCACAAGGUUCUUGUUCAUUCUCUUAGGUCCUAAGGGGAAAGCCAAGUCCUACCAUGAGAUUGGCAGAGCCAUUGCCACCUUGAUGUCUGACGAGGUGUUCCAUGACAUUGCUUAUAAAGCAAAAGACAGGCAUGACCUGAUUGCUGGCAUUGAUGAGUUCCUUGAUGAAGUCAUUGUCCUUCCACCUGGGGAAUGGGAUCCAGCGAUCAGGAUAGAGCCUCCUAAGAGUCUUCCAUCAUCUGACAAAAGAAAGAAUAUGUACUCAGGUGGAGAGAAUGUUCAGAUGAAUGGGGACACGCCCCAUGAUGGAGGACAUGGAGGAGGAGGACAUGGGGAUUGUGAAGAACUGCAGCGAACUGGACGGUUCUGUGGUGGACUAAUUAAGGACUUAAAGAGGAAAGCACCAUUUUUUGCCAGUGAUUUUUAUGAUGCUUUAAAUAUUCAGGCUCUUUCAGCAAUUCUCUUCAUUUAUCUGGCAACUGUAACUAAUGCUAUCACUUUUGGAGGACUGCUUGGGGAUGCCACUGACAACAUGCAGGGCGUGUUGGAGAGUUUCCUGGGCACUGCUGUCUCUGGAGCCAUCUUUUGCCUUUUUGCUGGUCAACCACUCACUAUUUUGAGCAGCACCGGACCUGUCCUAGUUUUUGAGAGGCUUCUAUUUAAUUUCAGCAAGGACAAUAAUUUUGACUAUUUGGAGUUUCGCCUUUGGAUUGGCCUGUGGUCAGCCUUCCUGUGUCUCAUUUUGGUAGCCACUGAUGCCAGCUUCUUGGUUCAGUACUUCACUCGUUUCACAGAAGAGGGCUUUUCUUCUCUGAUUAGCUUCAUCUUUAUCUAUGAUGCUUUCAAGAAGAUGAUCAAGCUAGCAGAUUACUACCCCAUCAACUCCAACUUCAAAGUGGGCUAUAAUACUCACUUUUCCUGUGCUUGUGUGCCGCCUGACCCAGUUAAUAUGUCAAUAUCUAAUGAUGCUACACUGGCUCCAGAGGAUUUGCCAACUAUUUCUUCUACUGAUAUGUACCAUAAUACUACCUUUGACUGGGCAUUUUUGUCAAAGAAGGAGUGUUUGAAGUACGGAGGAAAGCUCGUGGGGAACAACUGCGAUUUUGUUCCAGAUAUCACACUCAUGUCUUUCAUCCUCUUCCUGGGCACAUACACCUCUUCUAUGGCUCUGAAAAAAUUCAAAACUAGUCGUUAUUUUCCAACCACAGCAAGAAAACUGAUCAGUGAUUUUGCCAUUAUCUUGUCCAUUCUCAUCUUUUGUAUAAUAGAUGCCCUGGUAGGUGUGGACACUCCGAAACUAAUUGUGCCAAGCGAGUUCAAGCCGACAAGUCCAAACCGAGGUUGGUUUGUCCCACCAUUUGGAGGAAACCCCUGGUGGGUGUACCUUGCUGCUGCCAUCCCUGCUUUGUUGGUCACCAUUCUGAUUUUCAUGGACCAGCAGAUCACAGCUGUGAUUGUAAACAGGAAAGAACAUAAACUCAGAAAGGGAGCUGGGUAUCACUUGGAUCUCUUCUGGGUGGCCAUCCUCAUGGUGGUGUGCUCCUUCAUGGCUCUGCCGUGGUAUGUGGCUGCUACCGUCAUCUCUAUUGCUCACAUCGACAGUUUGAAAAUGGAGACAGAGACUUCUGCACCUGGAGAACAACCAAAGUUUCUAGGAGUGAGGGAACAAAGAGUCACUGGAACCCUUGUGUUUAUUCUGACUGGUCUGUCAGUCUUUAUGGCUCCCAUCUUGAAGUUUAUUCCCAUGCCUGUACUCUAUGGUGUAUUCCUGUAUAUGGGGGUAGCAUCCCUUAAUGGUGUGCAGUUCAUGGAUCGCCUGAAGCUGCUUCUGAUGCCCCUGAAGCAUCAACCUGACUUUAUCUACCUGCGACAUGUCCCCCUACGCAGAGUCCACCUGUUCACUUUCCUGCAGGUGUUGUGUCUGGCCCUGCUCUGGAUCCUCAAGUCAACUGUGGCUGCUAUCAUUUUUCCAGUCAUGAUCUUGGCACUUGUAGCUGUCAGAAAAGGCAUGGACUACCUCUUCUCCCAGCAUGACCUUAGCUUCCUCGAUGAUGUCAUUCCAGAAAAAGACAAGAAAAAGAAGGAGGAUGAGAAGAAAAAGAAAAAGAAGAAGGGAAGUCUGGACAGUGACAAUGAUGAUUCUGACUGCCCAUACUCAGAAAAAGUUCCAAGUAUUAAAAUUCCAAUGGACAUCAUGGAACAGCAACCUUUCCUAAGUGAUAGCAAACCUUCCGACAGAGAAAGAUCACCGACAUUCCUUGAACGCCACACAUCAUGCUGAUAAAAUUCCUUUCCUUCCAUCACUUGGUAUGCCAAGUCCUCCUAGAACUCCAGUAAAAGUUGUGCCUCAAAUUAGAAUAGAACUUGAGCCUGAAGACAAUGAUUAUUUCUGGAGGAGCAAGGGAACAGAAACUACAUUGUAACCUGUUUAUCUUUCUUAACACUGACAAUUGUUGUUAAUGUUCUUGUGGUUUUUUUGGUCUGUUCAUUUUAAAAUUUUUGUUGUUUCAGUUUUUGGUCACUGGCCAAAUAAUACAGUGCUCUCUCUGCUUCUGUCUUGCGUAGGUAAAAUCAAGACAAUAAGUGCACCUUUUUAAAAAAACACCAUCUGAGGAAUCCCCCUUUUGUUCUUAUACUUUCAGAUGUGUCCUCUGACAACCAAAUUUCUCUGUCACUCAAGACAUGCACAGAUCCUGUUCUUUUCCUCUAUUAAGCAGAGGACAAAAGUAUUAAGGAUUUUAUAACACCUUUCAUUAAAAUAUUGAAGGAACUUGAUAGUUUUAUCUUUGAAGCUUUGCUUACUGGCUUGUCUUUGGUAGAACAAACCGUGACCUCCAGACAGAGUUCCUUCUCGCUUCUAGAGCUCUCCAGAACUGGAAAAAGUGUUGCUAUUCUAACUUGCUCUUGCUUGUAAACCUUAAUUUUAGAGUUAUCAAAAGAAGAAAAACUAAAGGUACUUUACUUCUUAUAGAAAAACCAUUGCCAUCAUUGUAGCAAGUGCUGGAAUGUCCCUUUUUCCUAUGCAACAUUUUUUAACCCUUUAAUGAAUUUAUCUGUU